AUGGCGCCCCAGACCGUGCUGAUCACUGGAUGCUCGACUGGCAUUGGUUUAGCCACAGCAGCAAUGCUGGCUAAGGACUCAUUGCGCCGAUUUAAGGUGUAUGCCACUAUGAGGAAUUUGAAGUCAAAGACAAAACUCGAAGAAGCAGCGGGGCACACCCUGAACAAGACCCUCCUCAUCCGGGAGCUUGACGUCACCAAGGAUCCUACUAUCAAAUCGGUGGUGGACGAGAUUCUGCGAGACAAUGGGAGAAUUGACGUUCUCGUGAACAAUGCUGGAUAUAUGGGCUUAGAUGCCAUCGACCAGAAAUCGUUGGAGUGGUGUCAAGAUAUGAUGGACACCGAUUUCUGGGGAGUAGUCAGAGCAACAAGAGCCGUGUUACCAGCGAUGAAGAAGCAAAAGUCUGGCAGGAUUCUUAUGGUUUCCAGUAUCGCUGGCGUCCGCGGUGCUCCUUUCUUUGCCACCUACUCUGCUGCCAAGUUUGCUAUGGAAGGAUUCUCUGAGUCUAUUGCCCCAGUGUUGAGAGAUGGGUAUAAUAUAAGGGUGAGUAUCGUGGAGCCAGGGCCAGUGAAGACAGAGCUUGCGACUAAGGUCAUGGACUCUUCGCUUGAAGAACAAGCAAAGAAUUUUGACCCCAUUUUGAAAGACUUGUACAUGCAAGGUGUAAAACGCAUGACGUCUGGCAUGUCGGCUUUAAUGCAAAGCGCUGAUGAGAUAGCUAAGCUCCACAUGGAUAUCAUUCUCAGUGAGAAUCCUCAUCUGCGGUACCAGACAUCCGAGCCAAUGGUUAAACAGGCGGAGAGGAAACUCCGCGACCCAACUACGGAUUAUAUCCUGGAUAGGCUCCAAGAAAGUUAUAAGUGA